AUGGAGCGCAAGCUCUCUCAAAAAGCUGCACAGAUGCGCCAACGCUUGUUCACUCGCAAUCUUCACAGUCGAGGCCGCGCGGCAACCAUGAACUUCUCGGAGCCAACACCCAGCACAUCGAGCAGUCGGUCUCGCUCAGCUACGACCCCUGUCUCGUCUCACCCAACCGGCAUUACAUUAGACACAGAGCCAACCCGAUACUAUCAUUUCACCGAUGAACCGGGGUACUUUUGCCCUGUGGAACCAUUAAUCGAUCGACAAUAUAUCGAAGAGGACCUGGAAGACAACGUGAAACACUCUUGCGGUCUACUCGUCGAAAGUAUUGAACGCGGUCUCCCCAUCUGGCCAUCCUUCCACACAGAACAGAAUGGCGCAAUCCAAGUUCCACAUGAAUCACGCCCACAAUUUCAGGGCGUCAUGGCCCAACUUUCACUUUCGCCCGUCGCGAUCGAUAAUCAUGUGCCCAACGAAUGGGAUUUUGGUCUCGAAGAUCUACCCUCUCCCAAAUCAACCAAAUACCAGGGUAGUCUCUCGGCGAUGAGCGCUUCAGCAGGAACAGGACGCUUUUACGGAAAACGACUCUCAACACCGCCACCAGAAGAGGAGGAAUUCGAAGGUCGCCCCCGCGGCCGCAGUAUCGCUACAGAAACAACAUCUCGUUCUCGCUCCCGCUCUUCAAGCCCCGGCUUCUUCCCCUACAGCCCACCGCAAUUCGAAACCACCUGGGGCCGGGACGAUACCCAAAUCGUCGGAUCACCCAUUGACCACUUCCCGGAAUCAGACUUCCUCGGCGCAGAGGGCACCACCUGGCUCAGCGCACUGGAUAUUCCAACUGACAGCGAACACUGGACAUCUAGUUCAGCUGUGCAUCUACCCAAAGACCGGAACUGCAUGACUUCGGUACCUAAUUCGGCGGUUGAACCUGGUCCCGCUCCGCGUCGCUUCUACAGUACCCGACAGAAAACGAGACCUGUCCAAUUGCGCGAGUCUAAAUGGGAGGCUUUUGAGUUGCACGGGAGUCGGGAGUCAGGAUUGUAUCGCGGGCUCUCGAUGGGCAAUCUUCGUCAAGAGAAAAGUCCGAGUAAUUUCUCGUAUCCUGUCUGGGGGAAAGAUGGGGAUAUUCCUGUUUCGCUUGGGGGCUUCUAUGAUGUUUCUGAUGUUCCGACGAGACAUCGCCGGAAACGGGCACAGGAGUUGUUGAAGAAGUUGACUGGGUUGGGGAUGAAGAAGAAAGAAGGUGGGAUGGUUGAGGGUCGGAGGGCUGUGGCUGCUAUGGCUUGA